UGCGCUUUUCAUUUAGACCUAUGCCAAGACUUCUGCUGUUGGUUCAUGUUGCUUACAUAAGCCUGUCUGCUUAUGCAAAUCAAUGCAAUAACAAUGCUUUUUUCAGGGACAUGUGCACAAUUUUCUUUCAGCAGAUGCAUCAUUUCGACCAUCUUCCUGAUGUGCUCCAUCUGGUGCGUAUGGCUCUCGAGAAGCACGAUCUCAAGGGUCUUUUUUUUUCAGUUUUGACUGGGCCUUUCCAAGUUGUGGUAGUGGCGAAUAAUAAUGGUACUGACUGGUGCACGAAGGAGAGGAGGCUUACAGAUAAAUAUUGGACUUUGGAUUUGGGAUUUUGAACCUUGUUGUUUUCUCUGACCAGCAGUUGAUAAAACUGAGAAUUAUCUCUCUUUUUUUAUAUGUUUGUUGUUUUAGGCUGUCUUGUUUUCUUUUCUAUUUAAAGAAUACUUUUUAUUUGUUGCUGUUUUUUUUGCUUCUUGAAAUUUUUGUAUUUCAUUCCCGGGUUCUCCUUUAAUCAAGAGUCAAACUAUCUCAUUAUGAUCAAGUAAUAAUCAUUCCAAAAUUACAACAAUUAUAAGGAUCUUGAAAAUUGUG